AGGGGGAGGAUGCAAAAAUGGCUCAAAGUCAGCAUUGAGUGUGGUGAAGAGAGAGAGAGGAACCCACAGAAAAAUACAAGCACAGAGGAGCUGGAGAUGGAAUACACUGCGUACAAUGCUUCAGCUGAGAGGAUGUAUUAAUAGCUGGAGUUUCUCUUUUUUUCAAUCUCCUUCCAUCUCUUCCUUAUUCUUCAACACUCACUGACCGCCUUUUCAGAACCGAGUGCCCUUGAUCUCAUCUGCUCAGCAUCUGUACAUUUGCAGGGGUGAGUAAGGGCUUUUUAGGGAACCCCUGCCAAAGAGAGAGGGAAAAGAGAGUUAAGUGAGGACACACUGACUCAGUGUGGACCUGAGGGAGACAGGAGAGUGGGGAGCCAGAGAGGUAAGAUGAGUCUAAACAACGGUCAAACUCUGACCAGUGGACAGGAUUCGACCAGAAAUGGCAGCAACAGCAACAGGGCUCCAUGGGAAGGUGUUCGGGCGGGUUUGAAGCCCUCCACCCCAACCAGGAAGCCUGAGUCACCAAAGCCGGAGAAUGCCAUCACCAUCGCCGUGUCGUCACGAGUCCUCUUCAGCAUGGAGAAGGAGCAGCAGAUCUUUGAGCGGCAAGGCAUGGAAGACUAUAUCAAGUAUCAGGUGGAGCAUGAAACGCAGCCUCUCAGCCCUGGACCUGCCUUCUCCUUCGUCAAGGCUCUGGAGGCUGUGAACACUCAGCUGAGGGAGCUUUACCCAGAGAGCGAGGAGCUCUUCGAUGUCGUGCUCAUGACCAACAACCACGCAAAUGUCGGCCUGAGACUCAUCAACACCAUCAACCACCACCAGUUGUUCAUAGAGCGCUUCUGCAUGACAGGGGGAAACAGCCCCAUUGGCUACUUGAAGGCCUACCACACCAACCUUUACCUGUCUGCUGACCCCAUCAAGGUUCGAGAGGCACUGGAGGAAGGCAUAGCAGCAGCCACCAUGUUCAGCCAAGAGAAGAUGACGGAAGUGUCGGAGACUCAGCUGCGCGUCGCCUUCGACGGUGACGCCGUCCUCUUCUCCGAUGAGUCCGAGCGCAUUUACAAGGCCCACGGACGGGACAAGUUCUUUGAGCACGAGAAGGCGCAUGAGAACAAGCCUCUGGACCACGUACAGUAUACACACACAGUGACGGGGCCACUGAAGUGUUUCCUUGAGGCUUUAGGAAAGCUGCAGAAGAAGUUCUAUGACAAAGGCCAGCGCACGGACUGCCCCAUCCGGACCUACUUGGUGACAGCUCGCUCCGCAGCCAGUUCUGGCACCAGAGCCCUAAAAACUCUGCGCUCAUGGGGUCUGGAGAUCAACGAGGCUCUCUUUUUGGCAGGGGCACCCAAGGGCCCCGUGCUUGAGAAGAUCAGGCCGCACAUCUUCUUUGACGACCACAUGUUUCACGUGGAGGGAGCAGCUGAACUGGGGACGGUAGCGUGCCACGUGCCCUAUGGGAUAGCUCAGACGGUCAGCAAGAAAGGGAUCAAGGACAGAGAGACGUCUCCAGCACCCAAGUAGCCUGGACAUCACUGUGCAGAGACGCAGGAGACAAAAGGGACGAUUCAUUUUGGAUUUCAGCAGCAGAAGAUGUAUUAACUUAUCCAGAUGAUGCAAUAUGAGUAUAUAAUAUAAUGUUGUGAUGUCAACACUAAUCAAAAGGGUUCAGAGGUCUGAAACUAAAAUCAUACCUUUUAUUGUUAUAAUGAAAUCUGGCAAAAUUAAACCUGGCAACCCAAAAUGUGCUCUUGUUAAGCUUUGAUAAAGGGAUGAAUUACAACUUUAACAAAAACUUAAACAAAAUUGUCACACUUUAAAACAAUAUUUAUUAAGACAACAGGUUGCUCAGCAAACAAGAAGCAGAAUUUGUCAGACUUGCAUGUUGUUGGUUUGCCUUCAUGUAUGUUGUACACUUGGUUGUUUGAUCCAUGUAUAUGAAUGUAUUUCAAAAUGAAGUAUAUUGGUAAAAAGGAAACAUUUUACUUUAUAUUUAUAGAUUCAUUUGAUAUUUCUUAUAAAGAUGAGUUUUAACUUAUUUAGCAUUUAUUGAGAUCCAUCAUGUGCAAUUUUCACUUCUGCUACUUGGACCUGAAGUGCUAAAAUUUCGGUGUCUCCCUCGUUGUUGUCUGUCUACCUUGUUUUAUCACUUGGGUGUGUCGUGCUUGUUACUGCUGUUCUACUGUACUGAGUGUGAAGUGGCUAUAUUUAACAAACUUGAUCAGAUGUGGGAUCGGGGAUAAUCUUGGCCAAAUGAACACUGUGGACUGUUAUGCAAUCAAGUUUUUUUCUGUUUCAAGACUUAAGUAAAGAUGACUGUAUUACAGAAACACACUUGUUCCUGUCUUCUUCCCCUCCAGAAAAAAAAGCAAAAUCAUAUUUAUUCAUUUUGUUGCAAAGUUAAGGAGUUUCAACAUCUUAUUCUCAGAUUCACCCUGUCAUCAAACACUGACAGAUGCUUUGAUACGACGGGGAGGCUGGCUCUGUCAAGCACUCCAAAUCAAACUAUCCCAUUAAGAAUAUUGACAGAAAGUGUCUUUCGAGUUCUUGCACAGAUAAAAGACAGCAUGAGAGUGAAGUCCAGGCCCACUUUUCAUUCCUUGUUUCUCAUUUGCGUUCCUACAUAUUUGUACAUUUUGAUGUAAAAACUAUACAUGUGGAGAGAAAAAUUUUGAGAAAGUUGAGAAUCUUUUAUGAUUUUAAACUACGGGGAAUUCUUAAAGGCUUUGCUCUGACUUACUUGCUCCUGCCUCCAUCAACUAAAACACAAGAAAACAGAAAACAUUACAGCUCAUUUGGAUUAAUCCAAGACAUUUGCUACAUUUACUACAAGUGCAUUUUUUAAAAGAAAACAUGAGCAGGCUAUCGGUGCAUUGGCAUUGUCAAGACAUGCAUUGGCAUUGUCUAAGAACAGUGAUACAAAGUCCAGUGUCAUUCCUUUUUCUGGUGCACCUUGAUCUGGGUUUACAUGCUGUGUGAGGGUUGGAUAACACCUCUGGAAAACUGAAAGAAGGUGAUAUAGAGUCCUGAUCUCUGUUGAACAUCAGUGAUAUCAAGUUACUAACAUUUCAAGACGUGGCUAAGACUGGAACACCAGAAGUGAAAGCAAAAGAUAGAAAUACUUAGAAAACACUGAAUAAUCACUGGACCUCGUGCUUUGUAAAGACCCGUUGACCUUUUAUUGUGACCAACCCAAAGCAUGCCUGUGCAAUAAUCAUGAUGCUUAAUCAAUGUCUUCAAUCAAUGUGACACCAGUCACCUGUCAGGGAGAUGUCUUCCAACUUCAGUACGUGGUCUCCCUCUAGACCAAUGUUGAUGUUAAAGAUGCUCCGAUAUGUCACAUAAACAAAUGAUCUCAGAGGGGUUCACUUGUAGUGACGGACAGACAGAUAAAGUGUGUUUUAGCAUCUUUCAGCUCAUUGUGCUGGUUUUGCGAUUUGAUUAAAUUUAAUCAAGGUACCAAAUCACAACAGCAGUUAUUUCAUGACACAUUUAAUGAUAGCAGGUCUAGACACUACAGAUCAUUUUACAGAGCAAACAAUCCCCAUGAACAAGCACAGUGGUGAGGAAAAACAGCCUUUGAGCAGAAAGAAAGCUUUUUCAUUUAUCCCCUUUUGUCUUUUAUUUGUUUUUGAUUUGACUUUUUGUUUUCCUGAAAGCCCUAAAAGGAAGAGUUCACCCCAAAAUCAAAAAUACACAUUUGUCCUCAUACCUGCAAUGCUAUUUGUCCUUCUGCCUUCUCUCAAAUAUAAUGGAACUGCAUUACAAUUCGCUUGGGUGCUCAAAGUGUAAUAAAAUACAUUUGCUUAUGCAGGAUAAUCCACAAUUUUUUACAAUCUGUAAAGUGAAAGACAUCCUC